AUGGCGCAUCUGACGAAUCCCCUUGCCACGGCGGAGCAGCUCUACCGCCGCUCGACCUUUUCGUCUCUGCCACAAGAUCUUCAGGAAGCCGUCUUCUUCGCGACACAAUGCCUCACGCAAGCAGCUGGUCUGCUGUUGGAGCUUCCGCAGUCUGUGACUGCACAGGCUAACGUCAUACUGGCGCGUUACUGGCUUGUAGACUCGCCAAUGGCACACGAGUUCAGCGACGUCUCGGCUGCCUCUUUGUACCUUGUCGCCAAAAUGGGAUCGUUUCCCCGCUUACCUCGCGAUGUUUGGACCGUGUACGCGUAUCUACUAUCGCCAAACUCGGCCUUUCUCAACACGCCGAGCGCUGCGACGAACACGAACGACCCGGCCUCCUACUAUCAGACCGAGGACCAAUAUUACAAAUUUCAGAAGAGCAUGCUUGAGCUCGAGGCUCGCAUACUAUACACGCUUUCGUUCAAUGUACACGUCGCGCUGCCUCACGGUCUCACGGUGACAUACCUCCAGACGCUCGAUUUUCUGUCGCAUUCACGGCACGAAAUUUCGCUUCGAGCAUCGCAGUACCUGAAUACAGCCUUGUUGAGCCCGCAACUACUAUAUCUCACACACCAACCGCAUGCGCUCGCUACGGCAGCGAUAUACAACGCGGCGCGUGAUCUGGGAGCGACGAUGCCCGAGUGCGCCUGGUGGGAAGUCUUUGACGUGGACCGCGAGGAGCUGGGCUUUCUCGUCGUCGGCAUGCGCAGUCUCGAGGGCUGGAUCGAGACGCGAAAGGGAGAACUGCCCUCGAUACUGGGGCAUGGAAUGCCUCGCAGAAAAGACGUCGAGGCAGAGAUGAAGCGAAGGGGUGGUGAUGCGGGUGACGCAGAGGAAGAAGUCAUGCGAAUGAUGGACAGCAAGCAAGAUGAAUAA